CAGUUCGGCUUUAGGUGUCGUGGAAGACGUGUGCUUUCCGUCGAACAUCUAUCGGUGACGAAAUCUGUCAAAUUGUGAAUUAAAUUAAUCAACAGAACUAUUAAACAAUACACGUUUGUGGUUUUUUUUUUCAAUUCAUUACAAUAAUAUUUGUUCAUUGUGUUUGAGUGAUUUGUGAACUGAUGUGUUUUUAUUUAUUUGAGAUGUCUUUUUUUGAUGUCCGUGGCAUUAUGUAAGAAGUUCGAAGCGAGGUAAAGAAGAACGGGGUCGCGAUGAGCUCUCCGGAGCCUCUGGUGCUCCAAGCGCUGCAGGGAAACACGCAGCUCAGUGACAAGUGGCCUGGACCUCGUGCCGUCAAGAUAUUCGUCGCUUCCGUAUACAAUGAUUUUCGAGAAGAAAGACGGCAGAUCUUAGAAAUAGUCGGACCUGAACUCCAGUCAACUUACGAUGAUCGAUACAUCGAGAUUGAUUUUGUGGAUAUGCAUUACGGAACAGACGGUGGAGAUGAAACGAAUCCGGCGUUAUUACGGUAUUAUCUGGACGAAAUAAGGUCUUGUAAUCAUUCCUCCAAAGCUGGAUAUUUUGUUUGUCUCUUUGGUGGUGAUGCCUCAUUGUACCACCCAGUUUUGCCUUAUAAGAUACCGUCAGAUAUCUUCGAACAGAUGGUCAUAUCAGAAACAGCACAGGCUGACCUUGUUCGCGCCUGUUACCGUCUUAGUAGUGACGGGAUUUACCACCUGGAAGACGAUGACAAAUGGUUCAGCGAUCUUUUGGAACGAGACGAGCAACGUAGCCGCCUAGCCGAGGUACAGAAGGCAUUCAAUGCUGUGAUUCUUGAGGCAAUUUCCAGGGGAGUCGACGUUUCAAAUCUGCUGCGAAGCCCAGUCGAAGCACAAUGCGAAUUAGCUCUGGAACUUUUAUCAAACGGGAAUCAUCCCAAAGGACUUAUAGCUGUGUUUCGUGACUUGGCGGAAGUUGAAGAGGACGACUCCAAAAUUACUGUCCUCGCACAUACAAGGCUGUUAGAACUGAAGAAAAAAAUGGAAGAGACAUUACCUGAUACUCACUUUAUAAGACUAGAGCCAUCGUCUGCUGAUUCUUCGAGGACGGAUGGGGGAUCUGAGAAUGAAGAAAAAUUAGCACCAUUCAGGGAAAAAAUUCUAGGCUUAGUGAGUUCACUAGUCGAUGAUAGUCUCAGUACUGAACCUGAUCAAGGAAAGGGACGGAAGAAGACUGUACAGGAAGUUUUUCUCGAGCACAUCACUCAUUUAAGAAUAUGUAUAGAACACGAUCGAGCUUACAAAGUCAACGCUAAACAAAUAGAAGAAGCAUCUAAAAAUAUUUUGAGCACUGUGAAGGAAAAUUACGAGAACCGAACUCGACAUCCUCCGGUGUUAAUAUACGGGCCCGACGCUUCCGGAAAGACCACUUUGUUGACGCACUUGUACACAAAAUGCGAGGAAAUUUUCUCGAAGCCAGUUCUAAGGAUAAUAAGGUUUUCCGCUUCGACGCCGCGAUCGGCCUACAACUUGGAACUUUUAAGAGUCAUGUGCCAACAAAUAUCAAUAAUCUUGAACAUUCCCGAAGGCUAUUUACCUAAAGACGCCAGCUUUGAUCCUCUGUACAUUAAUAACUGGUUUCAAAGUCUAUUGCGGAGAUGCGAAGAGAUGGAAAAUGAAAUAUUGUUUAUAUUUAUUGAUAACGUUCACAGAGUCAAUCCUUUAGAGUGCGAUAUAGUAACAGGGCUGUCGUGGCUACCGAUGUCUCUUCCAAGGAAUGUCUUCCUAGUAUGCACCAGUGCGAUGUCUUUAGAGCAAUUGCAAUUGACCCCGGCGCAAAAGGAAAAGUUCAAAGUUCAGAACUGCUAUUACUUUUUGGAUGCUAUCGAAGAAAGCCCGGAAAACAAAUGCUACGGAGACUACAUUGACGGUGCCUUCGAUAAUUUAGAAGUGGUCUUCGGUUCAAAGGCUUUUAGUAAAUUAGCAAGUUAUAUAACUUGUUCGGAGUUUGGCCUAACGGAAUUGGAACUUUUAGAACUUUUGAUGCCGACGAGCAAUAGCGAAGCCGUUAUAACAUUAAAAGAUGCAAAUUUUAACUUUUCAACGUUAUGUGUCGCCAAGUACAUGAUGAAGAAUCUCAUAACAGAGACAAUAGUGUCGGGACGUAGUACCUGGCGUUGGGCGGCGGCGGCGGCCGGUGCCCGGGCCCGACGCCGCUAUGUUCGCGUGCAGAGCGCUCUUCGGGACGCCCAUUCAGACCUUGCUGCACUACACUUCUCCUCCUUCCUCAACGACGCCGACGACACGGACACUUCAGAAGCACACGAGCUCGGUUGUGUAGACGAUGACGACGCUCUUCUAGAUUCGACGCCAUUCCAUUCGGCAAGUAGGACGGCGGCCGCUUUCACACAACGUCACGUAGAGGAGUCUUGGCUCCAUUUACUUUUGGCUGGGGACUUCUCUAAGCUGAAGGACCUAACCGUUUGCAACUUCGACUUUUUACUAGCGGCCGUCCAAACGGUGACAAUAUCGUAUUUACGCUGCAUACUCGAGCACGUGCGUUGUUACAUACUGGACAGAGACGUGGAACUCGUCUACGGAGCAGUUAAGAAGUCAAGUGACAUAUUAACACGGGAUCCUAUGCAGUUGGGAGCGCAGAUAAUAGCUUGGUUGCGGCCGGCAGUGGCUCGACGCGGUGUGCUCGCCACACUCGUGACAGCUGCGAUGGCUUGGUGCGAUGGAUACGAUAAGCCUCUACUCGUCCCUCUAAACGGCUGGCUUCACCCUCCUAUAGCAUCGACAGUCCGUGUCGUAUCAGUGGGGGGCUCAAGUCCCGGUGCUGGUACAAGACUCCUCCAGUUGGCUCCCUCAGGACAGCAUCUGGUACUCGCACCGUCGGCUGGAGACCCUCAACUUUGGCACAUCAUGUCGAAUUCAAAGGUGCACACUUUCAAAGGACAUUCGGGCAGCAUUCUCUGUAUGUGUGUGACCAGAGAAUCACAAUAUCUACUCACAGGCUCUGAAGAUACAAGCGUCAUCGUCUGGGACUUACACACUUUAGCAGUUAAAACCAAAAUAUUAGAGCACAUCGCACCUGUACUGUGCGUCGCAGCGAUUGUGAAUCGUUCGCUGGUGAUUAGCGGUGGAGAUGAUUCCGCUGUUAUAAUCACAUCUUUAGUGGACGGUGCCUUGGUAACAAAACUAGAUCACCACAGAGGAUCAGUGACAUCUGUGAAAGUUAUUCAAGAUGGUAAUAUAUUUAUAACCGGAUCCCAAGACGGCACUGUCUGCACUUGGAAUGUAGAGAAUUUUACCUUGCUAUCAACUGUCACUGCUGGAGUGCCUAUUCAUAUCUUCGAUGUCACCGACGACAAUGUCUUCCUACUCACACUGCAAGGGGACAACGAACUGCAUCUUAGGACGUUCAUAACGGGGACUUAUUUACAUCCCUUGAAAAGGCACAAAGCCAAGGUAAAGUGCUUCUGUGUUGCUCAUGACUCGUCCCGGGUAGCGGUCGGUUGCGCCGACCAACGCAUAUAUUUAUAUAGCUUACACAGCGCCCAACUGCUCCGGACAUUGGCUGUGGCACACGACUUAGCAGCAUUAGCUGUUGCUGAUCGAGACCAUUUCUUAUUGGCUGCUGGUGGAAACAGAGUUACGAUAUACUCAUUUCAUACCGAAGACAACCUGACUAAUUUCAGACCAACAAAACAAAUGAAGAGACGUCAAACUAAAUCCACCACAAAUAUUACUUUGCUUCAGGCUGAGCAAAGCGACUUGAUACCAAUAAGCUGCCUUGAAGUAUCCCGAGACGGACAGCUUGGCGCCAGUGGAUGCGCUCGUGGCCUUGUCAGAGUCUGGCAACUCUCAACACACAGAUUACAAGCAACACUGAACGGCCAUAUAGGUCAUAUAACUUGUGUCACCUUUUCACCAAACAAUCUAUUGGUACUGAGUGGAUCUGAAGACCGAACUGUGGUCGUUUGGCAGCUUGCGGAUAAUUCUCCUUCACUGACAUAUAAGGGUCAUAGCUCAGCAAUUCAAACCCUGCUGAUGAUGUCGGACGGGCGCCGUGCAAUGUCAAGUGACAGGGCUCGUAAUGUCCACGUCUGGCUCGUCGACUCUGGUAUAGUUCUACAUUCUGCAACCGGACCGUCAGCUAGUAUUGACGUCACUUUAAAUAUGAAGUAUGCUGUUCUAUCGGACGGUGAUAACUCAGUGCGGAUCUGGUCUCUGGCUGGAGGUGAUAAUUCAGAAGACAACAGACGCUCAGUAUCGCACGCCGAAAGAAUCACCUGUUUCGCUUUGACCGCGGACUCACAGCAUGUCGUCACUGGAUCGAUGGAUAUGUCACUGAAAGUUUGGAAAUUGGAUGGAGGGAAAUUGUCACAGGUAUUAGUCGGCCACUCAGACAUAGUUACGUGCGUAGCAGUAUCAAUAACGAACAAAACUCAAGUUGUAUCCGGCUCCUGGGACUGCAACCUUAUUGUGUGGGACAUAAAUACUGGUUCUGAUCUGCAUUUGUUAUCUGGACAUCUUGGGAAAGUGACUUGCGUCAAAGUAACCGGGGACGGUACGAUUGCGGUAUCCUGCGCUGAAGACAAGACUCUUAUAAUAUGGGAAACUAAAAGAGGUCUUGCUUUGACAUCAUUUUCAUUACAUGUCCCUUUACUCGGAUUCCAAAUAACAAGCGACUGUGCGAGAGUUGUAGUUCAUCUUUUGGAUAGAGGUUGUCUACCAAUUAUAUGUUUGCACAAUACACCGGCAACUUACGUUAAAAUACCAACAUAUACAGCGCCAACCAAAGACGUGGAUGAAUUGCGUCCGUUGGCACCAAAAAGACCUAUGAGAAGGCUACUGAAAAAGGAGGUAUCACUUGAUACGUACACGUGGCAGAAGAAAUACGGACAUCUCACUUCUGCGGCUAUGAUGGCUCAAGUAGAUGAACGAUUAAAAAGAAGAUUCUCAGUAUCUGCCUCUAUGGAAGAAAUAUCCAAAAUACAGGAGGCCAAGAAUAAGGAUUUGGGUUCACAGGUGAGUCUUGGUCCUGAGGAAGCAGCAAUUGCUCAAUCGCAACAUUUCGAUCAAUUAGAAGCUUUGUGGAACAAGAUAUCACCUCCAAGACGUCGCUCAAAUAAGUCCUUAUCAAAGCAAAGUUCAUUGAUCGAAAGAUUUGACUCUUCAGAUGAAGAACAUACCCCUGUCGAAGAACAAGGUAAGUUUAUGUAUCCAUAGAUAAGUGAGGAAUAUUCUACCGAGACUUACUGUGUUCCUUUAUCAUUCUUGCAGAACAUAUGGUUGAGUAAGUUAUUGGAAGCGUCUAAUGUUUUUUUUUUGUAUUCUAGAAUUAUUUUUACCUCAUUAGUGUUUAACUUGUUGAAUAAGUUUUAUUCGUGAGCUGGUCUCGUGUUAAGAAAUUUGUUGACUUAAAUUUCUUUGGCUACUGAUAUUGUAGCACUUACAAUGGUUUGGAUAUUUCAUUUAAUAAUAAUACCUUUAUGGCAUUAAAUUUUGUCUUUGAACUUCGUUUUUAAUGUUUAAUGUAUUAUCUCUAAUAGAAUACACUUAGAUAUCAAGCCUCUGCAAUGUGAUCUUCUAGAUGUAGCUCCUUAAUAUAUAAUUAAUCAUAAGGACCCGUUUUAUCAGAAUUGUAAAACAAUUUUUAUGUUUCAUUCACUGUUUGUAAUUUCUGAUUCGGUUUUAUGAAAUUAGUCAAAUCGAUUCAAGAACUUGUUUCUUUUGGAAAAGCCAAAAAACUUAUCCCGAUUUUACGUUUACAAAACUUUAAUAGUAUUUAAGACUUGAUGAUUGUAAGUGAAUCUUCUUAGCCUAUUUCUAAGAUCACAUCGAAUAAUUUGAUUUUCUCAGUUUUUGUUCUAUACUUUAAAUUGUGUUGUUGAUUAAAUUAAAUUUGAUAUAAAUACUUUCCCAAGAUCUCAGCCAAUAGCUGGUUUCAGUUCACGUUAGACUACGUAAAGAGUUCAUGGAAUAGUUAGAACUAUGGGCCAAAGGAGUUGCUGUAACUCAUUUUCAAAGAAUAUAGCCAGCCUUAUCUGUAGAGAUUCACAAUAUUUUAAAUUAUUUCAAGCAAUUUAAAUAUAGCUUAUGAAGUUUGUGCUUAGUAGUUAUUAGUAGGUUAGUAUAAGUGGUUAAAAAUAGUUUAUGUUUGAAAGUUUCAACGUGACCAUGAUCACGAAUUUAGUGAAAUUAAAAUUUCGGUUAGCGUUGCCUAUUUAAUAGUUUACGAAACUUAAUAAAUUGUAAUGUUUACUUAGUCGUAGCAAAUUUCACAUAAAUGUCGUUUAUUAGCUCUAGUUAAAAUCUCCCUGGUCGAUGUAUGAAACUAGAGUUUUCCAAGCUGUGAUCCCUUAUAAAGACUUCUAUAUAAGUACACGUCAUUCAUAAUAUAAAAUUAGCUAUAUAAUUUAGAUCCUAAAUUUAAUGUCUUAUAAGAAAAUUUAGAUGUACCUUUAUCACUUAAUCUUUAUUUUAAGUUUAAAUUUUCUAAAAAAGCGAUGUUAUUAAUCACUAUAAAAAUCACUUCGUCAAACGCUCACCGCACUGAAUAUAAUGUUUUUCCAUUCCUUGCCAUAAUUACUAAUUUUUUUUCAAAAACUCAAAUCCAAUAAUUCUACUGUAUGAAUGUAUUUUUCCCCUACCUAAUCGUUGAUACCCUAAUGGGCUAUUCCAACAACGCACGGUAAUUAAUGUGAACGUGUCCCUUAUAUAUCUAUAUAGCGUAUCUAAAUUUACGAAGUAUUUAAAAAUACGUAGAUUUUACUUAAAAAUGUUGAAAUUUUUUGAAAAAUGCAAUAAUUAAUCUAAGUAGUUGCACGUAAAUUAGAUGUCUAGUUUAUGACUGGUUUUUCGCUGAAAUGCUCUUACUUCAAUACUUAUGUAUACCUGCCUGGAUUCACGCUUCGUCCUGUAUUUCUCACAUAAACAGAGCAGGAAAGGAAUCUAUCUGGAAGUGCAGUUUGAGGACUCGGUUGGAUAAUAACGAUCGAGAUUCAACAAAAAUCCAGUGAUGGUAGAUCAAAUUAUAUCAUUGUUGAGUCCUUUUAAAACUGACUUGUAUAUUUGGUCCUCAAGAAUGUGGAGCGGCUACUUAUGCAUGUAGUUGUUAGGCUCUGUUUACUUGUUAACUAUUUGUAUAGAAUUUUAUAAAAUAUGUAUUGUUUCUAAUCACUCACCGAGGUGACUUUGUUUUGGACCUGUCAUGGCAUUAUAUCUGAAAAUAUAAACUCUCCGUGUUUCUUA